AUGAAAAUAAAUUCACCCGAGUCGAAGGAGGGAAAUUCGGAAACGAAGAGUUCGAAGAAGCGAAACAUCGAAAAAAUCAUCUCCCCCACUAAAGUUAUAACUCAAAAAAGGAAAAGAAAAGGACAAAAUAGAAUUACCGACCAAGUGCAGGGCCUCUCGGGAAAAGAGACAACCUUUCCCACUCUCUCGCUGGACCCAACCAAUGCAAAACGAAAAAUAAUUGCUAAAACGGAUUUUGAUGCGUCCGAAGUUAAUGACGCCAAUGAUAUAGGUAAACCCCAAGUGGAGUUAGGACAAAAUGAAAGUUGCAAAAAAGUACAGGAAGAAGCAAGUGAGAGCUUCUCAAAUGAUCUGUACGGUGAGGAACAUGUAAUGAUGGAACAAGGAGAGGCGGAGAACGAUGUUCUAUUGGAUGGUGACGUUCGAGGGGAAGGUCCCUGCACAGUGGAUUCCCAAAAAUGCAGCGUCAAAAAGAAAGAGAAAGACAAAAGUGCCAGAAAUAACUUCGCUGAGGAGACGAAAAAAACGAUUAAAAAGGAGAGGAAGAAAGUAGAAAAGAGCAAUAAAAAAAAGAAGAAACAUAUCGAGAAGGGCAAAAAUGACGAACUAAGGGAGUUUGCCAUGAAACUGGCAGAUAUCGAGGAGGAAGAAGAAGAAGCAGAGAAAGAAGCGGAGGAAGAAGAGAUGGAAGAUGAUAAGGAGGGAGAAGAACAAGCGGAAGAAGAAUCAAGAGAAAAACCGCUAGACGAUGUGUCAGACGAUGUGUCAGACGAUGUGUCAGACGAUGUGUCAGACGAUGUGUCAGACGAUGCGUCAGACGAAGUGUCAGACAAAGCAUCGAACGAAGCUUCCGAAGAGGAGGCGAAUGGAGAAGAAGAAGAGCAAACGGACGAAGAGGGGAAAGAUAAGGAGGGGGAAUCGCUGAAAGGGGCAGCCAUUGAAAGGGCCAAAGAGGGAGACGACGGGGAUGACGCAGAUGGUGGUGACGCGGCCGAUGAUGACGCAUCUGAUGGUGACGACGAUGAAGAAGAAGAAAAAGAAGAACAAGUGAAAGGAAACGAGGUGGUCACAAACGAAAAGGACGACGAAGAAUCAGAAAAGGAGGAGGAGAGUCAAACGAGCAAGGAGAAGUUUGAUGAGGAGGAUGCAACUCCGCGGAAGGGCAGUGACGAUGAAGAGAGAGGGAGCGCGAAUGAAGAAAAUGCAACAUAUGAAGACGACCUAGGGGAGAACGGAAUGAACAAGAGUAGCUUGAACAAAAAUCAGAAGAGCGACAACGAAAGUGCGGGCAGCGAAUGCAGCGAUAUUAAGAAGAACGAUCGUCUGUUUGCAUCCAUGAAUGACUACAACUCUCCCAGCAAGCUCUUCAGCGAGCACGUGGGGAAGCUGAACAUUUUUGGAGGCGUAAACAUCGACAUUGAGAAGUUGAGGCAGCGACUGAACAAAAACAAGAGCGUCGUGGAGGAGAAGAAGGAAGUGAAGAUCUCGGAGACAGAGAAUCCCUUCGAGAAUGAGGAAGUGCUUUACUCCGAAAGCAGCAUUAAGAUAAGCAAGUUCAUAAAGAAGAAUGAAAAAUAUGACUGGUCAGGAUACCUGCCAGUGAAGAUUCAGAUCAUGAAGAAUGUAGAGAAUAACAAGUUCCGAAUUCUUUGUUUUCAAAAAGGGAGUGGCAGACUCUUUUUAAAUACAGACAUAUUCGAGGGCUUCAAAAUAAUUCCCUCCAAGAGCACCUCUGCUUUGUUUAGUGGGAGAGACAUAUGUGAUGAGAAGAAGCUGAACCAGUACAUUGUUACCUUCAUGAGCAACACGUCUAGGGAUGAAUUCAUCAAGCAGAUAAAGAACAUCACGAGCGGGUGA